AGAAUACAUGUACUAAUUAUUCAUUUGAAUAAUUUUUCUUCCCCCUCCCGGCAGAGUCACAAAGAUUGACGGUUAGAUCUGACAUAACAGAGUUCGAGACAGCCAUGAUUGACCUAAGAAAUCCCCAGUUUGUCAUGAAAACGAGAUUGGCGGCUUACGGAGCCCUCAUCUUUUUCAGUUUUUUCAUUUCAAUCGGCAUUAGCCAAUCAAAGAGCAACACAGGUGACUGUAUCCUGUUUUACGAUGGAACUAAAACCGGCCAAAACAGUAACUGCGACUUCACAACAGCCAUAGCGAUCAUAUUGCAGUUGUUGUUUUUGCUGUUUCGAGUGGUAACACUGUUCCUGGUGUUACACGGUACAGUUGGUACUGAUCACACGCUGUUUUCGGACACAAUGGAGCAGGCGUACGUUGCUAUUGAUUUCAUAGCUUUCGUGUUGACCUUUGCAGGAGCUAGUAUUCUGUCCCCCGGAGUAGGUGAAACGUGUGAAAACAU